GGAUAGGACCCACGACAUACUGUGGCGGGAACACAUCCAGAACCUGUUGAAGCAAACUCUACUUCCAACGUCUCACCUCCUGCUCGCAAUUCGACCAAGAACACGCUAAAGCUUGUCCAUCUCGCGAUUGGGGGGCACGGCACAACAUACAAUAUAUUCAGGUAUUUGUAACGCAAGCUCCAAAUUCAUCCAGCCAACGAGAGGUCGUCCAUGAUGACGCUUUCUGCUUCCCUAGAUAUUAUCCCUAGAAUGGGGUCCGCCGUCAUUGAGCACUGUCGCGUGACUCGUGGCCACGUCGACAAAGAUAUAGCCGGAUUCAACAAGGACAUGGCUGCAUUAGCCGAGUCUUCACGCGGCCUUCGCUCUCGCGGGAUCACUUUCUCCUGUAUAUCUUGGCUUCCACCCGAGAUUCUCACUACUGUCUUCACAUACAUCGUAGAAGAGGACACUCUCAAGAGUCAUACGGACACAUCCCGCCCUUGUGCUGCUCCUAUUUCCAUGAUAAUCACGCACGUCUGCAGGCACUGGCGCCAAAUCGCCCUUGAGUCCCCUACUCUUUGGGCAUCCCUCAAUUGUGUCUCUGCUAAUUGGCUAGAUAUUAUGUUUGAGAGGUCGAAGAAAGCCGCUUUGGUCGUCAUCUACAGGUCACCGAGCUCGUUGCGAAAAUGUUUCCAGCAGAUUUUUUCACAGUUACCUCGAAUCAAAUUUCUCCAGUUGUGCUCAUAUCCAUGGGAGGUCAAUCGCAUUUUGGACUGCCUAUCAUCGCAGCCCGCGCCGUCGCUUCAAACAUUCAAAUUCUCGGUCGCGAGGAAAUUUUACACAAGAGUCAUCAGGCCCAUAUCGGAUGCUAUUUUUCAAGGACGAGCCCCCCUACUUCGGAGCGUUGAGCUUACAGAAUGCACCUUCAGCUGGACGUCCUGUAUUUUUAGCCGGCUUCGAACUCUAGAUGUGAGACGAAUAGGAUCUACCUCUUAUCCCACUCUGUCGCAACUCCUGUCAGCUCUGAGACGUAUGCCUGAGUUGGAGCAGCUUACGCUUGGACUGUCAUCCAGAAUUUCUGAGGACAUCGAGUUUUCCGACCAAGUUCCACUCACUCAGUUAAAAGGUAUAGCACUGGAUGCCUGCACCCUCCGAAAUGCCGUAUCUCUCUUCUCGUGUCUAGCCUUUCCCGUUAAUGUCAAGAUCGCUCUCAAUCUCGCACCAAUUGGAAGCUGCCUUUCUGACCUAUUUUCGGCCAUGUACAAGGAUCCUGAUGGCCCUGGUCCUAUCAUUCGGUCAAUGCGCGCGAGUCUUUCGUACCAUACAUUCGGUGUCCAAUUCGGCACAUCAAUGGCAUUCAAAUCUGAGUAUUUUUGGGACCCUCGUGACGAUGAUAUCCUACUCUCGAUUCAAUUCAAAUGCAGCUCAUCCACUAGAAAGCCACCCAUCAUAUUUGACAUGUGCCAGAUGGUCCCGCAUCGCCAAAUUCAAAGUUUGUUUGUGACAUCCUCCCUUUGCCUGCGAGACAAUUUCUGGCGCGUAGGGUCCACUGACCUUCCGGAGCUCGAAAGUAUCCAGCUGAGUGGGACCUGCGAUAUUAGAAGCCUGGUCGCUGUGCUACAGAGCGGAGGUACACAAAGUUCGGAUUUGGCGUAUCCCUCGCUUCAUGUUUUAGAGCUCGAGAAUAUCGACUUUGGAUGCGGUGAAGCUGAAGAACUUCAGGACAUCAUCAUAAUGCGAGCCGGUCAUGGUGUCGGUAUAGACGAACUCCGGCUAGUGAAAUGUAGGAAUUUGGUGGACGAUAGGGUGCAGCUCCUUAAGGAAGUGGUUACGGACGUUGAUUGGGACGGGCAUGAAGAGGGCUUGGUGGGCGGCGACGGCUCUGGCGGUGGCUGUCUUUGUCACAUUUGCAGGGAUGAAUCUUCUUCUGGGGAGGACUAUAUGCAGGCGUUAUUACAUUCCGAUUAUGAUUAUGAUCCUGAUUCUGAUACAUAUUCUGAAGAUUAGGUUCUGUUUGGCUGUAUAGAUCUGGGACAAGUUAUAAUCUUGGUCGCUACUUUGCUCAUUUAUCGGUGCGGGUGGGAGUCUGGUGAGAAUCUAGAGAACGUCUUGUAGCUAUUCUAUAGUAAUGCAAAAUAGUGACACAGUAGUCUUGGGGGGGUAUGACAACGGGUUAUAUUCCUGC